AUGAAGAACUUCGCCCCUUCUCUCGCGCUGUCGCUGCUGCUGCCUACCGUGCAGGCCCAGCAGACGAUGUGGGGACAGUGUGGUGGUGCCGGUUGGUCCGGGGCGACCGACUGUGUCGCUGGCGGUGUCUGCAGCACUCAGAAUGCUUACUACGCCCAGUGUCUCCCCGGAGCCACGACUGCGACAACUCUGUCCACCACCUCCAAGGGCACCACCACGACCACCACGAGCUCCACCACGAGCACCGGCGGAGGUUCUUCCAGCACCACCACUAAGACCUCGACUUCGGCCGGCCCUACCGUCACUGGCAGCCCCUCCGGCAAUCCCUUCAGCGGAUACCAGCAAUAUGCCAACCCCUACUACUCAUCCGAGGUCCACACCCUGGCCAUUCCCUCCAUGACUGGCGCCCUUGCCGUCAAGGCCAGCGCUGUCGCUGAUGUUCCUUCUUUCGUCUGGCUUGAUGUUGCCGCCAAGGUGCCCACCAUGGGAACCUACCUCGAGAACAUCCGGGCUAAGAACAAGGCCGGCGCCAACCCUCCCGUUGCCGGUAUCUUCGUUGUCUAUGAUCUGCCUGACCGUGAUUGCGCUGCUCUGGCCAGUAACGGCGAGUAUGCCAUCGCCGACGGUGGUAUUGCCAAGUACAAGGCGUACAUCGAUGCCAUCCGCGCUCAGCUGCUGAAGUACCCUGAUGUGCACACCAUCCUGGUUAUUGAACCCGACAGCUUGGCCAACCUGAUCACCAACAUCAACGUUGCCAAAUGCUCUGGCGCCAAGGAUGCCUAUCUCGAGUGCAUCAACUACGCUCUGAAGCAGCUCAACCUUCCCAACGUCGCCAUGUACAUUGAUGCCGGCCACGGUGGCUGGCUCGGCUGGGACGCCAACAUCGGCCCUGCCGCCGAGAUGUACGCCAAGGUCUACAAGGACGCCGAUGCCCCCGCCGCCCUCCGUGGUCUUGCCGUCAACGUCGCCAACUACAACGCCUGGACCAUCGAUACCUGCCCCUCGUACACCCAGGGCAACAAGAACUGCGAUGAGAAGCGCUACAUCCACGCCCUGUAUCCCUUGCUCAAGGCCGCUGGCUGGGACGCCCGCUUCAUCAUGGAUACUGGCCGCAAUGGUGUCCAGCCUACCAAGCAGCAGGCUCAGGGGGACUGGUGCAAUGUGAUCGGCACUGGCUUCGGUAUCCGUCCUUCCUCUGAGACCGGCGAUGAUCUCCUCGAUGCCUUCGUCUGGGUCAAGCCCGGCGCGGAGAGCGACGGUACCUCUGACACCACUGCCGCCCGCUAUGACGCUCACUGCGGCUACACCGAUGCUCUCAAGCCUGCUCCUGAGGCUGGCCAGUGGUUCCAGGCUUACUUUGAGCAGCUCCUGACCAACGCAAACCCUGCUUUCUAA